AUGCGGAUCUACUUCGCCUUGCUCGAUGCUGGCUGCUUUGUCUCCGGUGUUGAAUUUCUCAGAAUGAUUGAGGUGCUCCUUUGCGCAGGCGAAUGGAUGGAAGCCACAUGCAUACUCGGCGUUGUGAAAAAUGUGCGUGAGAAGUGCAAUGUGGAGAUCACAAGGGAUCACGUGCUGUCGAGAUGCAAGACCUUUGACAAGCAUUGCAGUACCAUCAGCAAGUUGCUCGCCCGUUCUGAGUUUGGAUGGGAUCGAAACAAGAAAAUGAUCGUGAUUCACGAUGAGGAUGCUUGGAAAACGUACAUUCAGAAAAACAAAGCAGCUGCGUGCUACAAAAACAAAGUUAUCAAGAAUUGGGAUGCGAUAAGUCUAAUAUUCUCCAGAGAUUAUGCUACAAGCGAAGAUGAGAGUGCAGGCGCUGAGAAUGCCCAAGAAAUGGCAUUGAAGGGUGCUGAAGAUGUCCGGGAGCUUAUUCAAAAUUCACCUUCAGCAUCUGAACCUAGCAGUCAAGACCAGGGUGGAACGCCGACAUCAAUGCAACCCACUCUACAGAGCACGAGGAGGAAGAGGUUCAGAACAGAUGAUGCACUCUUUUGCAUGUCUGGGAAUAUCAAGAAUUCAUUUCAGAUAUCUACGAAGCCAAAUGAACCUCGAGAGGAACCAGCGAAUGCAUCUCCGAAGGAAAUCUUUGCGGCACUUCAAGAGAUACCAAACUUAGGACGGGGUGAUCUGCUGAGGGCCUACUGUAUUCUCACUAGCAGCAACCGCAAGUUUGAAUCCCUUGUGGCACUUCCCAUGGAUAUGAGGAAGGAUUGGUUGAUGUUGGAAAUUGGCAGGAAUUGA